AUGCAUCCGAACACGGCUGAGGAGUGCCGAGGCGCAAGUCUCCGAGGAGGAGUGGAUUGUACGGGGAGGGGAGGGACGCGUUGUGAGCCGCCGCCCUGCUCCGCAGCGUCGUGGUCGAGCAGCGCGCCCUACGUCGUGGUGGGCGGCGACCAGACCAGCUGCCGCCUGGUGGGGCUGCAGCCCGCGCGCAGCUACCACGUGCGAGUGCUGGCGGAGAACAGCGUGGGCCGCUCCAACGCCAGCGAGGUGCUCACGCUCACGGCGGCCGAGGAGAUCCCCGGCGGGGCGCCGCUCGACGUGCGGGUCGUCGCCAAGAACUCCGACACCGUGCAGGUCACCUGGAAGCCACCGGAGAAGCACUUACACCACGGUGAAAUCAUGGGUUAUUACAUCGGUUAUCGCGUCAGCAGCAACUCCUCGGAACCCUUCCACUACAACACGCUGGAAUCGGUGCCUGGCACGGAGCUACGCAGCACGCUGUCUGGACUACGCAGCUUCACCGAGUACAGCGUACUGGUGCAGGCCUACAACCGAGCGGGCGCCGGACCGCGCAGCCCUGAAGCCACCUCACAAGUUAUAUUUAAUGAUAGAAGUUUUAAUCUCAUAUUUCCCAGUGCACCUCCUGUGGACGUACAAUGCACAGCUCUGUCUUCCCAAACAAUUCUAGUAUUGUGGUCGCAGCCUCCGUCGGGAGAAAUUAAUGGAAUUCUCUUGGGUUAUAAAGUUCUUUACAGACCAAUGACAGAAUGGGAAGAUCUCUCGCCUCAUGCUGAACAGACCACUCAGGAUCUGAAACUCGAACUCCACGAUCUAGCUCAUUUUUGCAAUUACAGUAUUGAAGUGAGGGCGUAUACAAGAAAAGGAGACGGUGUCGCAAGUAGACCAAUAUUUUGUCGAACCCAAGAGGAUGUGCCUGGAGAGCCUGAAGAAAUAAAGGCGCUUGUAAUGGACGAUGAAACGAUACUUCUGUCCUGGAAACCACCUCAGUAUCCCAAUGGACGUAUACGGAAGUAUAAGGUGUACAUGCGAUCUUUGGAUGGAGGUGGCUUGGCAAAGGAUAAUUUUGAUCUACCACCUGAACAAACAUACUACAGUAUCACACAUCUUAAAUUGCAUCAUCGUUAUGAAUUUUGGGUGAGAGCACUUACCGCUGUAGGGGAAGGUGAUCCCUCUCAUCGUAUAGUUCAGGCUCCAGCAAGUAAAGUUCCAGCACGUGUUGCAUCAUUCAGUGGUCAUGUUAUUACAGCUUGGAAAGAAGAAUUAAGGAUGGCCUGUAGAAUGGUUGGUCAUCCUCCACCAGAUCGGCAAUGGAAAUUAAAUGGUAAGACAAUAAAAGAAGAUACCAGGGUCCAAAUUGUUCCUGAUGGAACACUGGUAAUAAGUUCCAUUCAAAAUACGGAUGCUGGAAAUUACACUUGUUCUGUAAAAAAUGUUUUUGGAGAAGAUGAAAUUAUUUAUUCUGUCAGAGUUCAAGAGAGCAGAAAUAAAGGCAUUCCAUUUGCACCUAAUGAUUUUCAUGUACCAUCAACAACUACAUCAACAAUAACAUUAUUAUGGAAAGUGAGCUCAACUCCAGGAAAUGUGGUGCAAGGAUAUUACUUGCACUACAAACGAGAAUUUGGUGAAUGGGAUAAAACAAGAAUUCCCCCAGAAAACACAAGUUACACUCUAACUGGACUACAAUGUGGAACACGUUAUCAAUUUUAUCUUCAGGCUUUCAAUCAAUUGGGAUUAGGAACCCCAACUCUUACGCUUCAUACACGUACUCAGGGUUCAGCACCUAUACCUCCAAAGAAUGCUGAUUUAAUUCGUGAAAACUCAACAUCUAUAUCAUUGAAUUUGGCAUCAUGGCAAGAUGGGGGAUGUCCUAUUACAUCUCUUGUUGUGGAAUAUAAAUUAAAACAACAAUUAGAUUGGACUCUUGUUUCUAAUAAUGUUAAGUUUGAGCAAAUUGAAUUCUUGGUCCUGGAUUUAAAUCCUGAAACAUGGUAUACAUUGAGGAUGACCGCUCAUAAUAGUGCUGGUUCUACAAUAGCAAGCUAUGAUUUUGUCACUCUCACAUAUUCUGGUGCUACCAUUGCUCCUGAACUUAUUGUCCACUCCAGUUAUGGGCAUACCCAUUUUUAUAAUGAACUUGGAAUAAUAAUACCAAUUGUUGCUGGUAUUGCUGUUAUAAUUGUGGCUAGUGUUGGUGGAUUAUUAUACUUAAAGAGAAGAAAAACAAUGUAUCCAGCAAAUAAAUAUGGAGAAAAAAAUGCUGGAACUGACAUGACAUCAGAAACUGCCCUCAUGUCUGAAAUAGAAAAGAAAAGCUGUGCUGUGGGGACUGGACAAGCCAGUAGUGGAACUGGUGGUAGCAUUGGAGGGGGUGAUCCUCACAUUCCCAUUAGUCCUCGGGACUCUGCUUACCUCCCCACGCCUAUGCGAGUAUCACUAGGCCGCAGAGAGGACAUAAGCCCAUAUGCAACGUUCCGCCUUCCUGUCUCAGGUGGAGAGAGUUCAAGAAUGAGUGUUGGAGAAGGGAUAGAGCCUGAAAUAUCAACUGAUCUUCCACAACACCAUGGCCAACAACUACACAGUCAGCAAUGUGACAAACUUCAGCAGCUUCCUUCAUCUUAUGGAAGUUGUGCUGACUCUGUAUAUACCAAGAUCCGCAAGAAGCCCCAGUAUCAGAAUGAAGAGAGCUUCAAGGCCAAAAUGUACCAUUUUCCAGGAGUGUCUAAUACCAAAAAGUUCUUGAGUGCUGAAGGAACUGAUCGUCAUCAAAAGGUGUACAACAAAGCCAGCUCAAGCCCUCACUACAGUAGCCCAGCUAUGAAAAAUAGUGAUGUUCAACAAGGAGCUCAGUCUUCCAGUGUGACUUCAGUAAGUUCCACGCAGGAUGAACUGGUGAAAGCAUUCAACAACUCUUUCAAGAAUAGCAUGUCUCAUUCAACAUUAGUUUCAGGACGUCAUAAUGCCAUGGUUGCUCAGUCUGCAAGUGAACAUGGAACAACUGAUACAGAUGCUGCAGACACAAGCAUCUGUAAAUUUUCUCCCAGUUCUCUUAAAACCUUCAAUUUAAUGAUGUCUUCCUACUUAAAGCCAGAACCUGAAUACGAAUGUGUUCGAGACCUGCUAAGAGGCCAGUGUGUACAUGCUGAAUCCAGCACAAGCGUGGAGGGAUCAUCCGAUGAAGGCUUACGUUUACCUUGCCCUCAACCUGAAUAUAGCUACACUCGCCCUGUCAGAGUCCCUAAGCACUAUUAUAGCUCAACAGAAAGCAACUCAGAAGAUGCAGUUUACAUAUGGCAACAACAGCAACAACAAAAAGAACAACUACUACUACAUCAACAACAACAACAACAACAACCACCUCCACCACCACUAGAACUUCCCUCAGCUGCACAAUGCAAUUCAGUAAGACGAGCUGAGGUACAAUGUGAGCAAAACAUCCCCCCAAGCUGGAGAAUCUUGGAAUAUGCAUCAGGUAAAUAUAUAGAACAACAUCGAGAAUACUUGCUCAGUCAAGAUUUCAACCCUGCUGUGCUUUUCUCACACCUCGGAGAAAGAUCGUGGGGUCUUCCAAACAUCUAAAAGAAAACUAUAACUGUACGUUGAUGUUGACAUGUAUUUGGAGAAAAACUGACUGAAAAAUAUGUUGUGUAUUACAAAUUGAUGAUUAUGUGUUCAAUAAAAUAAAACAAAAUAACAUUGUGUGGAUUGAAACAGCCACACCCAAAAAAAGGACUUAUAUUUAUCGCCUGAGCUCUGUACAACCAUUGAUGUUAUAUGUCAUGAGAUGUUUAUAUAUUGUAUAUCAGCAUAUAAUAAAUUAUUGAUAAGAUAA